UCUCCAGGGGGAAAGUGUUGGGAGAUCUACAAAGUGGAAUUCUUUUCUUUUUCCUCUUUUCCUCCUUUGCUCUCUUUGUCAAAGAGACUUUGUAAAAAAAAACCUUCAACAGAAAACCUCUUUGUUGUUUUUAACCCAAUCUAGGAAAAGGAGGGGGUUUUUUUAACAAAAAAAAAAAAAUUACAGCUAGUCCCAAGCUAAAAUCUCUUCUUGACAAAGCUCAUCUUUUACCUGCUUUAGUGCUACUCCAGACAUUUUUUAAAUUUGCUGCAGAUCAUAUCAGGACAGUCAAAAAGAAGCUUGUUCAAUUCUUCGCUUCCUCCCCAGCCUCUUGCAGACUUUGCUUCUUAGUGGGGCGUGUGGAUUAUGUUAUACUUCUUUGUGCAGCCUCGCCAAAGCUACCCUUGCUCUUUAAUUUUUUUUUUAACCCUUUUUUCCGGUGACUUUUUUGUUUCCCUUUUUUGAAAUUACCAAUCUGUUGCAUCUGUAGUUCUUGCAACUGUCAGCUGCAGACAAACCUGUGAUAGCCUUUCUUUUAUAACAAUCUAGGUGUUCUCUUUUUUCCAACAUUCUGAUUAAGCCUCUUUUGGAAUCUUAAAGGAGAAGAGACUUUCCCCCCCCCUUUUUUUUUUGGUCUCCAAAAAAAAAAAAGAACUUUGUUGUUGUUUUUUCCUUUCACAACUCCUGCACCAGUGCGCCUUGACAAGAGCCUUGAAGAUGUUCCUGAUGCAGGCGCUGCUCGUGUCUCUGUGCCUGGGGCUUUCACAGAGCUUGGGUUCCUUUGUGCACUGUGAAUCUUGUGACGAGAAAGCCCUCUCCAUGUGCCCUCCCAGCCCUGUGGGCUGCGAACUGGUGAAGGAGCCCGGUUGUGGAUGCUGCAUGACAUGCGCCCUGGCUGAAGGGCAGUCCUGUGGGGUGUACACAGAGCGAUGCGCCCAGGGCUUGCGCUGCCUGCCGCGUCAAGGCGAGGAGAAGCCCUUGCAUGCCCUGCUCCAUGGCAGAGGGAUCUGCCUGAAUGAAAAGAGCUACCGAGAGCAAGCUAAGAAUGAAAGGGAAUCCCGUGAGCACGAAGAACCAACCACUUCUGAGAUGGCUGAGGAGACCUAUUCAUCCAAAUUGUACAGAAACAAGGGGUUUGGGCGCUACUCCGAACUAAAGGCAGAGGCAGUGAAGAAAGACCGCAAAAAGAAAUUGACUUUAUCUAAGAUUGUGGGUGGGGCAGAAAAUACUGCACACCCUCGAGUUGCUGCUCCAGAACUAAGACCAGAAUUCGAAUUGGGCCCUUGCCGUCGGCAAAUGGAGGCAUCAUUACAGGAGCUCAAAUCCAGCCAGCGAAUGAUCCCUCGAGCUGUUCAUCUUCCCAACUGUGACAGGAAAGGUUUCUAUAAAAGGAAACAGUGCAAACCAUCUCGGGGCCGAAAACGUGGCCUGUGCUGGUGUGUGGACAAGUAUGGAUUGAAGCUGCCAGGAACUGAUUAUGUAGCUGGAGACCUGCAGUGUCACAAUUUUGACAGCGGAAACACAGAAUGAAGAUCCUGGUUGCCUCUCUCUCUGCCAGAGCCCUUCCCCACCCAUCACCCACCCACACCUCACGAUGCCCCCAAAGACUGAUUCCUUUCAUCUCAUUUAAGGAACUGUGGACCUCGGAAUCUACAGCAUAUGUCAUCAGCUUCUCUCAGUGGCAAUGACAGAGACUGAAGGAGAAAAGGCAACCCAUUAAGGCAGAAGGGAAGGAAGGAAGGAAGGAAGGAAGGAAGGAAGGAAGGAAGGAAGGAAGGAAGGAAGGAAGGAAGAUCACCAUGAUGACCACCUCCAUGGAACAGGGCCAUCAAGAAGCUCAUAGAUCACCAUGCUUGCCCUUGUCUGUAGCCUGCCACCCAGAGAAGCACUGACCUAGGAAGCUCUCAGAGGCACUUGAAUAAUAAUUUCUUUUCUCCUUUCUUUGAUAUGGCAGUUUAAAGCCUUUCCAAUUUUUUAAAAAAGUACUUAGUUUAAGCAAACAACUCUUAGGACAAGCAGACCUCUUGUUAUCUAUUAGGGCGUUUUUCUUUCUUUCUUUCUUCUUCUUUUUUAAAAAAAUAUGUUCAUUUCUGGAACCUCUUCUCUCUUUUCCCUUACAAGGACUAAAAGCAUGUUGGUGCCCUUGCCCGCUAUGACUUCCCUUUUAUUAAAAAUCAAAAGGUCAGAUGACAACAGAAUCCUAUAGUGGGAUGAAGCAAAAUUAAGAAUUAAAAACUUACUGUCCCCAGUGGGUUUCUUUCCCAGGACAGCAAAAGGGUUCGACCUGAUUAUUUAAAGUGUCUUGUAUAGUCCUUUCCUAUGUAAAUACAGAUGUGUGCACAGAUUUUUACUCUUUGUUCUCAAUUGAACAAUCCCAUUUCCUGACAUGCAAAGCCCUUUGAUUUUAAUUGUGCACGAAGGCCCGGCAACUUGUUCAGGGCUACUUGCACAAGUCAAAGGUUUUCAGAGUUGUGUAUUUGCAGGAACAGUGCCCAAGUUGAAACAUGGUUUGCCAGACAUCUUGCAGGCACUUAAAGCCUGAAAUGUUUGUUGCUUCUAUAAACACACCUGUGGAUUUCCACCUUCUGACAGGCUAAAUCAGUAAGAUCCCUUUGCUUUUUUUGUUUUUUGUUUAACUCUGGAAGGACACCUGAUUCUUCACUACGAUAUCCCAAAUAUCCUUUACAAUGAAAAUUCCAAGAGCCCAGUUGAUGAUUCAUAAAAUUACACAUACUGGAAAUGUAAAUGUGAUCUGUCUGAAAUGUUUUACCAUUUCCCCAUAUCGACAACAUUCAGAUAAGUCUCUGUAGGGCAGAGGCUGCUACUAUUUGAAAGCCUACUUGAGUGACUGGCUGGAAAGAAGUUAUCCCUUUUUCCCCCUGCCUCUCUCUUCUAACCAAACUUCUAGCAUCUCUAACAGCUGCUUAGUAAGCAGAAAUUCAACAGUGAAGAUUUGAUCUACUACAUUAAUGUGUUAUUUGUCCUGGGGAGAAGCUGUAUCUAUUUAAUUUUUGACAGUGCCCCACUGAAAAAACCUAGGGACCCUGUCAGGAAAGGAAGAGAAACCAAACCCACACAACCACUUGCAGAGACCAUUGAUUCAACAGCUUUGGCAUUCAGGCUUGGGCAGACCACUAAAGCCCUUUAAUUUCUUUGUAAUUAUAAUUGUUGCUUUAAUUCGUUGUUAUGUUUCCAUGGACACUGCCAUAACAAGGUUGUUGUUGUUGUUCCCCCAUUGCCCAUAACAAUGAAUGGAAGGCAAGGCAAAAACAAGAAGGAACAGCUCCCAUUCUGAUUGUGGGACUAAUCCUUGAAAUAGCAGCCAGCGAGAAAUAUUGGCCCACCCUGAUCUAACUAGCCAAUAUAAGACAGUCCUGAAUAUAUUUCCCCUUCCAAGAGAAGACUCUAAAGGACUUGAGGAUCUUGCUGGGGCUGACUGCAAGCACUUCCAAGCCAAGUACUGAUCAGAAGCAUGGAGGAAAAAAGCUGGCUUCCUAGGAGCAGGAACAGCAAGCCCACAAGUGUCCAGCAUCCAGAAUGGGUGCUACUGAUGGGAGAACCAGAAGGACACCUAUGAUGCACAAUACUCACAGCUAACACAGAUGAAAGGAAAUAAGAAAUCCUCCUGACAGGAUUGGCUAUUACAUCCAAGUGACACUGGUGGGUUUUGCUUCCCGGCUCCUCUUCCUUCACCACUAAUAUUCAACUAGGUUCCAAAACUACAUUGGAAAGCUAAUGAAUAUCUGGCUUUAACAGGGAUAUGGGAAUUGACAAGAAAAUUGGGAUAUUUGGCCUCACUGUGAAAGCAGAAGGCAAAAACCUCUUCUUACAAGGAUGGAUGCAAACAUUUAUUUCUUCAAUACAUGUUUGAAGUCUGAUUAGUUGUUGGUUACUAUACACCAUGAAAGAAAAAUUCAGCUCUAUCCAUUUGUCCCAAGUCUUGAUAUCUGAUCCAAUUAUUUGUUAUUUCCAGAAAUUGUCACCUCUAAGUGCUCCAUCUGUCAUCUUCCCUGGGCUUUGGCAGCCGUGAUUUCAUAGCUAUUCUUCUAAGAGUUGCAGCUCAGCCUACCAUGAGCUUUCAUACAAACAAGUGGUUGGACUGUACUUUUGAUUGAAAUAUUUGCUACUGUGACAGCUGGACCCAAGUAUUUCCCCCCUUCCCAUAAUAGGCCUAAGUUUACUAUCUACACAGGGCUGGUAGCUGGUUGAAUGGUUUCUGCCCUCUUCUGUUCUAAGGAAGCCCUUGGGUAUUCUGCUGGGUCUAUAAUUAGUCAAAUGGAUAAGUUUCCUUUCAAAUUCUAUGAUAGAUAAGAUGCUAGAUAUCACUAAUGCUAAGUAAUGACAGCGUAGGUCUUAAAAUUCCUGUGCCAGCUUUUCCAACUUGGCAACUCUCAAAAGUGUUGGGAAAGUGAUCCACAAAACCUCCAGGGAAAAGCUCUCCUGUUAGGAUGGCAUUAAGUAGGAGAAGGUUGGUCUACAUAACAAAUCCAGAAAUUGUACGAAUGGACUUCUCCGUCCCAAGUAUGUGAUGUAUGAAAAGAGUACAUAUCAAUGUGAUGGUGAAAGGAGGAAGAGAAUCUGUGCUGUUGGCAACUUGAGGGACGUUUUUGACAGCAUCUGUGGUAACUUAUGCCCAAGCAAGAAAUUUGUGUAGGAUUUCGAUUUUCUGUCAGGUCUUCUAUGAGGAGUUAGGAAGAGUUAAAUCCAAUCCCCGUCAGACUUCUCAAUCCCCGAGGACAGAAUUUCUUGUCCAACGAUAGCCAAAUGGCAGUCAGGGGUCUCUUUGGAAAAAUGGCCAGCGUUCCCUCCCAGCUGGGAUGACCCAAUGUUGUGAAAGAGUCAUUUGUCUUAGAAUUCCUUCAAGUGAUCAAUGGCUGCCAUGAUUAUUCCUACCUUUACUAUGGCCUGACAUUUCCAGGGGAAGUAAAUUUAGAAAACCCCUUUGCCUUCCAUCCAUUAUAACUGGACUAGACUAGAGAAACAGAAUGGUCCUUCUCAUGUAUGUCAUAUCUGCUAGCUUCAGAUUUUAAUGGUGGAGGUUGAGUUUGGUCCCCUUUUGAAUGAAACUGACCCUGCCUAAGGAUGGGUUGAAGUCUCUUAAUUUUCUAUAGGGCAGGGACUCUUAACUGGAGCAUUUGUCUCCAUGCACAUGAUUGUUUUAAGAGAGAGAAAGCCUGAGGGUUCUAAAAUCAAUAGCUCUUUCUGUAAAGCUAGCAUUAAAGAGGUAUAUACAUUGGCAGGUACAUCUGCCUAGAACAUAAAGUGGGAGAUGUACUAGGCACAUAAGAAAAGUAAGUGAGGCAAUUUUACAGAUCAUGCUGGGUUUCUAUUACUAUAAUAUAUAUAUUUUGCUUAGCUCUUUCCAAAGUAUCCUGACAGCAAUAGCUUUCUAAGACUGUCAAGAAUCCUACUAUAUGACUGAAUUUCCUAAGUUUCCUAGAAAGAGAAAUAAUCGUUAAUUUAGAAAGAAAAAGUAUUGUUAAGUGUCUGAGAUACAAAUUCAUCCUAAAUUGCCUAAGACGAAAGAAUGUAACUGAAAUGCUUCUUCCUUCCUUCCCUAGCUUUAACUCAGAAAAGGAAAUGUUAUUUCCUUUUCCUCCUCUCCCUCCAUCCUUGAUAAGAAUCUGUUGUUUCCUGACACUUGAAAACAUUACCCUGCAUAGAUAAUACUAGCUUUUCUUCCUCCAUAAACAGGCUUGAGGAAGGUCACAUGAGACACAUAGACUAAUUCUACUGUCAAGGGAAGUGACUCGUGGGAAUCAUUUCCCCAUAUAGCUGUUCCCUUGUCAGCCCCAAUGCAAUAUUUCUGCCCCCACUGUUUCAGACACUCAUCAACUGCCUCCAAGGAUAGUCCCUUCACUAUAUUAUUUGGCUGACUGAGAUAAGAAAGAGAAAUCAACCCAAGUAUGUUAGUUACAGUAGAACUUCCCUUACAUCUGUAUUAUUUAAUCUUGAUUUACGGUAAACAGCCUGGAGGAUAAGUCACUAGGGUAGACUUCAACACAUAGAAAUCUUCACUGGAUUUCUUGCCUCAGCACUUAAAAUCUCACUAGAAAUGCAACAAAGCUCCUUUUCUAAGCCAUCCCUGCAAGCUUUGAUUCUUUUAUUCUAGGAAAGGUGAAUAAAGCAAAUUUGGGGAGGGGGCUCUUCACCAUGAGGGCAGCUAUCCUUAGAAUUAACCUUUAUUCUUUCUCCACCUACUAAUCUCCUUUACCUUCUAGUCCAGUCAUUUGGAAGAAGAUGAAAUUGCUUCAGGCGGUUGCUUCUGAGUAAAGAUCCCCUUUCUUUCUUUCUCUUUCUUUUUUUCUUAUUUCUUUCUUUCUUUCUUUCUUUCCUGCAAAAGGAAGAAAGGUCUUUCUAGGAUUCCUGCCCAAGUUCCAAAAUAAUUUGUUCAGCCCUGCUCUAAGUGGAGGAAAAGGGAAGCAAGUCACUUUGGCCAACAAUCCUGCUGCUUUGAAUCCCAUCUUUAUCCUUGACCAAAGGGAGAAGGCUCCCCCGUUCCCCCCUCCCCCCAAAACAUGACCCUCCUCCCAUCAGAGGAGUGAAUCACAGUGAGAGGAGGUAAUAAAAAUGAUAAAAGACAAAGCAGUGGGGGACACUCCCUUCAGAAGUAUAAAGAAUGCAAGUGGGAAGGAGGCUUUGGAGACACCAAAGGUAGUCAAUUCUGAACUCCAAGAGCAUCAUCAGCCAGUUGGGAUUAGGAGCACACCUAGACCUCCAACAGCCUUCUCCAACCUGAAGGGUCUCCAGAUGUGCCUUAAUACUCUCCAAAGCCUAAGCCACCCUGGCAAGACCUUAGGGUUCUAAUGCAUCUGGAAAGCAUCGAAGUCAGAGAGGCCUUCUCUAGAGAGUCACACUGCAGCUGAUAAUAUUCAAAGGCAGGCAGCUUCUAGAAUAGUCCAAACCUAUUUGCAGCCAGAGAUCCUUUGUCAGUGCUGUGGUGGACAGUUGUAUUUUGAAACCACUAGUUCAAAGAGGAGGACUGCACUAUUUCUCCACUUCAUCCCUCUCUCCUUCCUUCUUUCACUUUUAACAGAGCCUAGAUGACUUACGCAGUUAGCCAGUCACCCAGGUUCCCAGCCCCCACCCCACCCCACCUUCUUGUUAGGAGCUGCUUGGCUAAUGUCCCAAAACUUGAGUCCUUCCAUUUGCAACCUUGCCCCCCCCCCCUUUAAGCCCUUCCAAUGCAAUGAUUACACCCCAUGAUAGCACAGUGAACGACAAGAUUCCGAGAUUCUGCCUGGUUUUAUUUUUCAUUACACCAUUUAUUCACUACACAUUUUACAGUAGCUUUUAAUAGCUUUACAUACAUACAUAUAUACAUACAUACAUACAUACAUACAUACAUACAUACAUACAUACAUACAUACAUACUUCUGUGGCUAUUUUGUUUUUGUUUUCCUUUGCAGUAAGCAAGAAUAUUCAUACUCUUACCGGUGGGGGGGAAAUGCAGUUUGUGAAAAAAACAAAACCUGACAAUGGAUGAGGAGUGUAAUGCUCUGUUUAGCAUUUUGUACUUAAAAAAAAGAAUCUCACAUUUUAUUAAAAGGUGAAGAUUGCUGUAUACUAUUUAUUCAACUUAUAAUUUAUGUUACUCUUUGAUCUUUGUCUUUUCUUAUGACAAAGCAUUUAUUUAAUAAAGUUAUGCAUUCAGUUAA